UUUUAGCAAGAGAGAGAUAGAGAGAGAGGGGAGAGAGAGAACAGAGUGGAAAGGAAUUAUUGAUUGUCUUCAAAUAUCUGUUCUUCUCUUGCCUUUGCCUCUUUUCAACAAUAAUCAACGAUGACGUUCGCAGGAACAACGCAAAAGUGCAGUGCUUGUGAGAAAACGGUGUAUCUGGUAGAUCGCCUUGCUGCUGAUAAUCGUAUUUAUCACAAGGCUUGCUUCAGGUGCUACCAUUGCAAAAGUACUCUCAAGCUCAGUAAUUUCAACUCCUUUGAGGGGGUAAUUUACUGUAGGCCUCACUUUGAUCAGCUUUUUAAGAGAACUGGCAGUUUGGACAAGAGUUUUGACGGAACUCCGAAAGUCACAAAGCCAGAAAAAUCUGUGGAGAACGAGAAUGGUAGCGGGAGCAAAGUCUCAAGUUUAUUUGCAGGCACGAGGGAAAAAUGUGUGGGCUGCACUAAAACUGUCUAUCCGAUUGAGAAGGUUAGUGUGAACGGGACAGCAUACCAUAAGGGCUGCUUCAAAUGCAGUCAUGGAGGCUGUACAAUAAGCCCAUCAAAUUACAUUGCACAUGAGGGAAGGCUUUAUUGCAAGCACCACCAUAUUCAACUCUUCAAGGAGAAAGGCAAUUACAGCCAGCUUGAGUCUGACCAUGAAACAUAAAGUUAAAAUGCCAAAUAGAAACAAACAAAAAAAAAAAAAAUCUCUCUUUCAUUUCUCCCUAUCUUUUCCGCAGCUUCGUUUCACUGAUUCUUGAUUUUGUUCUUUCUUACGGCGUAAAUUCAGUUGUCUCUAUCCAUUUUGGUUGUAUGUAUUCUUGCGGGUUUCUGUACAUUGUAGCAUAUUGAAGGUUGUUUUAAAAAAUUUACCAGAAUCAUUGUAAAGUGUAAAUUUGUUUC